GGCCGUUUGGGGCGGAGCCGCCCGCGACCCGGGGACGCGGAGGGAGCGGCGGUACCCACGGGGCUCUAGAGGGGCUUGCCCUGCGUACCCCGCCCGAGCUCCCACCCUCCCAAGCACACACCCACCCCCCCCCCACCUCCCGCGCCGGGCCCUCUCGCGGCUCGCGGCCUCUCUCCCUCCCUCUCCCCUCCUUUGCUCCCUCCCUCCGGAGCCCAAUUGCUCAAGCCGCUUCCUUCCCCAACGCCAGCGCCAGUUCCUCUCCCGGAGGGGCCCGGGAAGGGCAGCGAACGCUCGACACUGGAAGCGCCGCGGCGGCAGCGGCCGGACCAUGGCCGAGCCCCGGGGGGCCGCGAACCCGGGGCGCAAGGCCUCCCUCGCCGCCACCGCGCUGAGCUCGCGGAGCGCCGCGCCACCCCGCCCCCCGAGAGCGGACCCCAGCAGCCUGGGCAGGUACCGGGACCACGCCGCCGCGGCCGCCGCCUCCCGGGACUUGCACGGCUCGCCGAUGCUCUCGGGAACGGGCAGCGGCCGCCGGCGCGGAGCGCUGUGGGAGCUGCUGGGGCUGCAGGGGGCGGCCCCCGCCGGCUGGCUGUCGGAGGAACGCGCCGAGGAGCAGUCCCCGGCCGGGCCGAACGGUCCGGGGGGUGGCGGCGGCGGCGGCGGCGGGCUGUGCCUGGAGCCCCACGAGCACGCGUGGAUACUGGCGGCCGCCGAGGGCCGCCUUGAGGUGCUGUGGGAGCAGCUGGAAGCCGAGCCCGGGCUGCUGCUGCGGUGCGACCCGAUCACGGGCUACACGGUGCUGCACUGGCUGGCCAAGCACGGGUGCCACGAGGAGCUCAUCCUGGUGUACGACUUCGCCCAGCGCCGGGGGCUGCAGCUCGACGUGAGCGCCUCGGGCAGCGGCGGCCUCACGCCCCUCCACCUGGCGGCCCUGCAGGGCCACGACAUGGUCAUCAAGGUGCUGGUGGGCGCCUUGGGGGCUGACCCCACGCGCCGCGACUACAGCGGCCACCGGGCCUGUCACUACCUGCGACCCGACGCGCCGCGGAGCCUGCGGGAGCUGUCGGGGGCCGAGGACUGGGAGACGGCGGGCGGCAGAGGGCGGAACAACGCCAACAACAACAGCAGCGGCUGCGCCGCCGCGUGGACGCUGCGACGGACCCCGAGCGCGGUGGGCGCGACCGCCGUGGAGAAGAACUACACGCCCCGAAAGGAGAAGGACUACGCGGGCAGCCGGGUGGCGCAAAUUCAGGGCCUUUUCCGCCAAAUAUUCCCCUUCUUCCAGGACCGGUGAGGGCGACGGAGACCGGAGAGCGCGGAGGGACCGCGACGCCGCGUCGAGGCCUCGGUCUCCGGUUGUCUCGGGCCCCGCCCGAAGGGGCGGCAGCUCGGGCCGAAGCCGAGCGCGCUGGGCCUGCAAGCGGCGGACCACCUCCAGCUUUGUCUCAGGUACCUGUCCCAGGUCUUCUACGGCCACCGGCCAGGAGACCUGGGGACCAGGGUACCCUCACCGAGACAGCAAAGACCAAGCCGCCCUGACGCCGAGUCCCAAGACUACAGGACUACGGAGUUAGGAGCGGGAGUGCCGUCCUACGUGGGAGAGGAAAACUUAACGCUUCCAAGAGCCAUUUCUGGGCAGGCAGAAGCUCUGGGUUUAUUAGGAAGCACUCGCUUAGAAGAACGAGUUAAGACUAUAAACCACGGAUAACAGAGGAAACACCUAACUGAAGGCUUGACUCGGCUGUUCCUGCGGGCAGAGUCACCCUUCCCCCCAACCUGCUCCUGACACCUCCAGGCUUUUACGGGUACUUUUUCUAAUGUAUCACGGAUGACUUCUUGAGCAUAUUAAAGCGGAGUAUGUUUUCCUUUCACAUGACAAAGCUGUCCUUUGAGUGACUUUUUUUUUUUUUUUUUCCAUUAACCGCCGAGUGCGGGAAGCUUCCUACAUUUGCAGGGAAGAGCUCACCAGCUGGCCAGGAGCUAGUGAUCGGGGCGGCUCAGGACCUCGUUCCCACAGCAGAUGGCCAAGCCGUGCACUGGAAGGAUCUGCUUUCACCUUGGCUCUGAGUAGAGACACACAGUUUGCCUGUCCCCGGGGCUCUUUGGCCGCUAGGUCUGGCUUCCCGCACAAGUCUCAUCCUCGAGGAGUCGUCUGUAGGGGGCAGAGGGGUGGGAGAAGGGCGAAAUGUGCAAGUGUACAUUUCUGAUAUUUUGUGGUGAGUCAUGUAAUUUACCUGGACUUCUGCCCUCCCAUGAGACACACCCACUGGCACUUUUUCCGAGAUAGGGCUUCUUUAAUCAUCGGCAUUGCUUUUUCAUUACGUGUAAUCUAUAAGUUAUAGUUUGGAAAAUUGCCCCCAUUCAGAAAUUGUGUAUGAAGACAGUAGAAUACAGGUUGACUUUGGCUGAAGGGAGGGAAAAGCAGUUGGUGGCUAGGGAUCCAUGCUGCCUUAGAGAACGGUGCAUUUUCAAAAUAGCACGGCAUCCCUGGAAGCUUAGACAGCCCUUGCAAUGGACUGUUGUGUCCCCAGCCCUCCCAUCCCCAUCCUUGAACACCAGGGAGAAAUUGAGUCAUCACAGAACACAGAAAGGCCACCCUGAGCUCAUCCACACAGGUUUCUGUCUCCGCCUGGCCCGCCUGCUUGGCCCUCUCUGUUACCUCCUCCGGGCUCAAAACGUUACGAUCUUCCCUUAAUAACCCACCGGGUUCUUGUCAUCCAUGAAAUGAUCCAAACCUUCCCUGUCAACGUUCUCGGCCUGUCAUAUGUGUCUAGGAACUACACCUUAAAUUGACACAGUGUGGCGUAGCAAUAACUUUUUGUUCUCCAUGAACUUCUUCGGUGUUUGAAAGGGUGAACACUUCCUGCAUCCUGGCAGUUGCCAUCAGCAGCUGGCACAGCCCACUCCACCCCCAAGCCCAUUUUGUAGAUGCAAAUUGGGUGCCUGAUGCAGGGCUGUGGUCUCCGCUCCAGGGUCUCUCCCUUGACAGCUUGCAAGGUGGGCUGGGCUGGGUGAAGGCCGUGGGGGCGGGGCCUUCCUGCCCAGCGGCUCGGGCUGCGGGCUCCCGGGCUUGGAGGGAACGUUGGCUUGUGCCGGUGCCCAGCGUUCAAAGGACAGUUAGAACAGCAGUCCCCUCUUCGUGGGAAAAGUCUGCCCCUAAGCAUCUGAACUAUCAGCAGAUCUGAGGACCUGAGACAGGCAUCUGCCCUGCUUCUUCCAAAACGAAAACCAAGUCAGCCGGAAGAUUGGAAAGCACUCUGUAUCGUUUCUCCCGGAGUCAGCUAUUCUCCCGCGCAGAUUUCCCUCAUCAUGUGAUAUUGCCUAGCCUACCUCCUCCAUGUAAAAUUGAGGUUUGGCUGCAGGGGACAGACUCCCAUGCUGAAAAGCCUCCAUGCCUCACAUCAAGCCAUUGGCAUUUCUGGUAUGCUUUUUGAGGCAAGACUGGUAUGCUUACCCCAAGAGAAAGAACAGAUUCCCUGAGAAACUGCUUUCCAGGGGAGCAAGACGGAGCUAAGCAGAUGAUGCAAAUCUGCAUUCUGGUGGAGCAGGGGACGAGGAAAGGUGACAGAAGCAGGCCUGUGACAGAACUUGCUCUCACGAAGCUGACCUCGAAGCCCCACGUGUAAAACUGGUGAACACGGAGAUGGACAGACGGUGGCACACAGCGCCCCCCCCCCCCCCCCCCCCGCCUAGCAAAGUUCAAAACCACUGGUGUGCAAAGCACUUAGCUUAGCCUGGGUUUGAAUGCCGACUACCGAUUAGUGAUCUUGAGCAAGCAGGCCAC